GCGGCACCGGGCACCGGGCUGCAUGUGGACUCGGGCAGAAGAAGCCGGGGGUCCCGCGCAUGGAGGACGGAGCUGCAUGGCCCGGGGGGACCCGUGUCUGGAUGGGGGUCUGGAUGGUGAUGAUGCUGGGGACACCUGUGACAGCAGCAGGAACAAGUCAUCAGUCUCAUCUUGAGAAGAUUCGGUCGCAUUCUGAAGUAAUCACCCCUCGCUGGUUGACGCCUAGUGGUCUGCAAGAUAAACUCAGUGACAAAUAUCCAACAUAUGCAGAAGUGAUGGUGAUGGCUGAAGGGAGGAAGAUGAUUCUAACUCUUCAGAGAAACGAGCAACUUAUCCAUAUGAAUUAUAGACAGAUCCAUUACAGCUCCAGUGACAUUCCUAUUGUGCAUAAACCCAACAUGACGGACCAUUGUUAUUACCAUGGAGCUGUGCGCGGAGAGAAGGACUCCAGUGUUACAGUCAGCACCUGCUCAGGAAUAAGGGGACUUAUAACACUCAGCAAUGGCGUAAGCUAUGUAUUGGAACCAUUGCCAGGAGACAGUGAUCGACAUCUCAUCUACAGAGCUGAGUAUCUUGAAGUGGGAAAAGGCAAAUGUGGACACUUGACAUCUGGAGAGAGACACUUCUCCAACUCCACCUACCAUCCUCAUCAUCGGGUGAGGAGAGAAGAUGUGGAGGGGGACAGAUGUGUGGAACUUUACCUAGUCGCCGACUACGCUGAGUUCCAGAAACACGACUUUGACUUGGAGCGUACUCAGCACAAGAUGCUUGAAGUUACCAAUUAUAUAGAUAAGUUUUACAGGGCUCUGAAGAUUCGCAUUGCAUUGAUUGGUUUGGAGGUCUGGACAACAGAGGAUAAGUGCAAUGUGUCAGAAAAUCCAUACGUCACCUUACGUGCCUUCCUGUCUUGGAGAAGAAAGAUCCUAUUAAAGACACCACAUGACAAUGCACAGCUCAUAACAGGGCGCACUUUCCACGGUACCACAAUUGGACUGGCUCCACUGCAGGCAAUGUGCUCUUCCUAUCAGUCUGGAGGUGUGAACAUGGAUCAUUCAGACAAUGCAAUUGGAGUGGCGGCCACGAUGGCCCAUGAAAUGGGACAUAAUUUUGGAAUGAGCCAUGAUGCUGCCGGUUGUUGCACAGCAAAACCGGAUGACGGCGGCUGCAUCAUGGCUGCUGCUACUGGGCAUCCUUUCCCCAAAGUGUUCAAUGCCUGUAAUAUACGAGAACUGGACCGCUUCUUACGUUCAGGAGGAGGAAUGUGCCUCAGCAACAUCCCAGACACCAAGAAUCUGUAUGGAGGAGCACGUUGUGGCAAUGGCUUCUUGGAGGAGGGGGAGCAGUGUGAUUGUGGAGAUCUUGAGCAAUGUGAUAAUCCAUGCUGUAAUGCCACCACAUGCACGCUGCUGCCAGGGGCUGAAUGUGCCCAUGGGACUUGCUGCCAUCAUUGCAAACUCAGGCCACCUGGGUUCCCAUGUCGGAAGACAUCCAGAGCCUGUGACCUUCCAGAAUUCUGUACCGGACAUUCUGCUGCGUGUCCUGCUAACUCCUUCCAGAUGGAUGGAACCUCUUGCCAAAAUGGAGAAGCUUUUUGUUACAACGGGAGAUGUCUUACCCAUCAGCAACAGUGUCAGCAGCUCUGGGGAAAUGGAGCGAGCAUAGCGCCGAAUGUGUGCUUUGAAAGGAUCAAUGCAGCUGGCGAUCAGUAUGGCAACUGCGGUCGAGAUAUGAAUGGUGAAUACAGGAAGUGUGAAACCAAACAUGCCAAGUGUGGGAAGAUCCAAUGCUUAAGCUCUGCCUUUAAACCCAUUGAACAAAACGCAGUUGCGAUAGACACCACUAUUACCGUGCAGGGGAGACGCAUUCUCUGCAGGGGGACACAUGUUUACAGAAUAACUGAAGAGGAAGAUAUGAUGGAUCCAGGCCUUGUCCUUUCAGGCACUAAAUGCGGACUGAAUGAGCUUUGCUUUGAAGGACAGUGCAAAAAUAUAUCAUUCUUGCAAGUGGAUGAAUGUGCUAAGAAAUGCAGUGGAAAUGGGAUUUGCAAUAAUAACCAGAACUGCCAUUGUCUCCCUGGAUGGAGGCCUCCCUAUUGUAACCAGACAGGUAAUGGCGGCAGUUUAGACAGUGGACCGGUGCCUGCAGAUAGUUCACAGUCUGUGGUCUUCUGGAUCUUUAUUCCUCUAUCAUUACUAGCUGGGAUUAUACUGAUGUUGUCCAUAUACCUCCACAAACACGGGUUUUUAAAAAAAUGCCUUCAGUCGGACAAUGUGCCUGUAGCAGGGUCUCUGCACAAGAGUGAAAGUGGGGAGAAAGCAAGACUUGAUUCUUCCUCGAGACCCAAACCUCAGACUCACAUGUGCCCGAAGAGACCAAUCAACUUGCAGUCCAGUACCAGGACGGAAGAACAAAGGUCAGCAGCCAGACAUCAGCCUAGUCACCACCCGGUCAGCAAGCAGCUAGAGAGGGGUGCUGUAAAAAAUACUCAUCAACUGAGAAUUCCUCCACCAAGCAGACCACCACCACCACCCCCAACUCAAGCACCCACUAAGGCAUUACAGCCCCCUAGAAAAACUCCACCGCCUGUACCCCCAAGCAGGACGAGGCUGACCGCCAAGGUCUGAAGAGGAACAUUUGCAGAUGAUCUGUGACAUUAUGUUUAAAGGGACAAGAUAGCUUUAAUUUCAGCAUAGAGAUUAAAGGCAGUAUUAUAAGAUGAGCUGCCAGUAUUGUUGACUCCUGUGUAAAUGAUUUAGGGGUUCUAAGAACUGGAGAUAUGCAAGAUCAUGGGGUCAGGAACAGUGGCGUGCCUAGGGUGUUCGGCACCAGGGGCGAGUCCUUUCUCUGCCCCCCCCCCCCCCCCCAAUACUUGACCACAUACCUCUUACAUCCAGGGACAUCUCCUGUCA